GCAAGGGUGGGAGAUGGGCAGAUGGGCCCUUCUGAGAACGGGCUGAACGGUAGGGCAACAGGGAAAACGGACAGCAUGAGGGAAAAUCGGUUACAGCACCACCACCAUGUGCAAUACUGCUUGGAAGUAUCAUAUUCCCUUUGGUAUUGUACCUCUUCAAGUACCUACACGUCCACGUACCUAUCCAGCCUGCCAGCUUACCUUAGAUAGGUAGAUUGUCAACGCUAUGUCAAUGUCACUUUCCCAAUCUAUUAUCUUUCAUCAUUGCAUGUCGUGUUUUGAGCUUCUCCACCAAGUGUGCACAAAUUCGGGAUUUAGGUUAGGUUAGGUAGGCAUGCUCCAUGAAAACUCGAGAGACGGCCAAAUCCGUCAAGGACUUCCCCCGCCAAAUGGUCGUUAACUUUCCCCACCUGGUGCAAGCUUCGUUGGUAAUGCUUCUCUACAUAUUAGCCAAAGGUCUGGUGAAUCUUAAACAGAUCUCAGCCACAUUCUCCAAGUUACAAGUUAUUAUGUUAUCCUAUGGGAUACUUGCUCGAUGCUUGUUCCAACCCCGUUCAAGAGAGGCCCAGUCUGUCGCGUUGUGUCUCCAACGGCCGGCCUAUCAUCGAAGUCGAGACCGAAUCCAGCGGAUCCUAGUCCCUCCAAAGAGCGCACGAGCGACUUAGGCUAAGACAGACUACCAUGAUAGGUUAGAGAUAUGGUUUGCAUGAUAUCGUCUUAACCAGCUAUAGGAACUUAAAAUUCGGAGUUUGACUUCGACCUGACACAAUUCUACUUCGGUUCGUAAUCUAACUCUACGUUUCUUUAGCUGCUUGUAAUAAUA